AGCAGCCCAACCUGUUCUUGUUUUCUCCUCCAUUAUCACCUUUGCUUUCUUCCUCUCCGCACUGGAGAGGGAGAGACGGAGGAGUGAGGCUGUGUUUGCCUUCAGUCUGGCUCUUAACUCUCCUCUACUUCAGGAAAUCAUUUUAAAAGUGGCUUCAGGAUAUUUACCGAGUCGAACGGGAAGCUUCCUCCUCCGAAGGCAGCAAUGGGGUCUGAUGAUUCGUACAAUUUCGUCUUUAAAGUGGUUUUGAUAGGGGAGUCUGGUGUAGGAAAGAGCAACCUUCUGUCUCGCUUCACCAAGAACGAAUUCAGUCAUGACAGCCGCACCACCAUCGGUGUCGAGUUCAGCACGCGGACUGUUCAGCUGGACAGCUUCACCAUCAAAGCUCAGAUCUGGGACACAGCGGGGCUGGAGCGCUACAGGGCCAUCACCUCAGCUUAUUACAGGGGAGCAGUCGGAGCAUUGUUGGUCUACGACAUUAGCAAGCACCUGACCUACGAGAGCGCAGAGCGGUGGCUGAAGGAGCUCUACGACCACGCGGAUCCUCACAUUGUGGUGAUGCUGGUGGGAAACAAGAGCGACCUAGAGAGCCUCAGGACCGUGCCCGCUGACGAGGCCAGAGACUUCGCAGAAAAGAGAGGUCUUAUGUUCAUGGAGACGUCAGCUUUGGACUCCACCAAUGUUGAAGCUGCUUUCAACGAAGUUCUCACAGCCAUCCAUAAGAAGGUGGCCAGCAGAGAGGUGACCCGCGGCUCCAUCAGCGCCGUGACCCUGUCCAGCCCCCUCGGACCGAGCAGCGAGGCCCAGGAGGAGCGCAGGGGCUGCUGCAAGAGCUCCUAACAGACUGCAGCUGCCCCCCAAUGAAUGAUUUGCUCUGUCCAAUGUUUGAACCGACGUCACGCUCGACUGUCGCUCAGGCGUGACGCUCACACACAGUUUGACGAGUGAGGUGCCUGCCUGGAGAGUCAGUGUUCACACUUCUUGAUAUAAGAAAGCUGUACAGCGUAUAACUCAGAAACUGUUGACGAAGUGUCGCAAAUGUUGAGUAAAUCUUUGUUUUGUUCAUGAUAGGUCUUGUGGCUGAUGGGCACUUUCUGUAAAAGACAGCUGUGCAGUUGUUUUUCUCUUUAUUGUAAAGUUGUAUUUGCUUUUAUAAAAGAAUGCAUAGGGAUUGACUUGGAAUAAAUUAUUUAUGCGA